AAUCAAAAAGAAGCGCUAAUCCACAAGGACUAUACAGCAUUCGAGGUAAGAGCCAUCUGGGAGCUGGAUACUGUCUACUGCAGUGGAUCUUCUCAGUGACUUGUUGGUCAUCACUGAACAACAACAAUACCUUCGUGGACAAAAUGUUUUCCAACUGUAGCUGGUUGAAAACCAGACAUUUCAGACAUGUUACCGUGAGUGACUAAUACUUGUUAUAAAGGAUGCGACCCACACCAGUCGAUUAACACUCGGGUGCCUGCUUACUGAUAGGUGAACAGGGACAGUAGGUGUAAGGAAGCAUGCCCAGUGUUUCUGCCCAUGCCAGGGAUUGAACUAUGAGGCGACAGCAUUUCCAACCGAGCCAUGGAACACCCUAUUUGGGUAUCUGAUAUGGUAAGCAGAUGAUCUGUAGAUCAGUUGCUAGCACACUCAGCUUACACAUUGAGGUCCGUGGUUCAAUCCCCAGUACGAGUGGAAAUAUUGGGUGUGUUUCCGUAAGGCAUCUGCUGUCUCUCUUCACCUAGCAGCAAGUAUGUUUGGGAAAAGAACUUUAUCUGUAGAAUGGCAUAAAUUUAUUUGGUAUUGUGGAAAAGUUGAUUAAGUGUGGCAUUGUGGACACUCAUUAUUGUGUACUGCAGGAGAACAAGAAGCCAUAACUCUAUAUUAAAGACAGAGAGCUGCCAGAAAGAUAUAUCACUUUCCUUUGCAAAGUAUUAGAACAAUGGAAUCAUUUACAAAUGUAGUAAGUUCUACAACUACUGGAAACAUUAAAAAUCUUUGAUAAGACCAAACACAGAAGAUGGGAUACCAUAAACUUCUCUGCUCCUGCUGUAACUACAUAUAGAUAGUUGCAUUAUUAAAGGACAAUGUUUGCCUAUAAGAUAAUUUUACAUUUGAAAAGGGUUCAAAACAGGAACAAGAUAAUUUUCUUUAUUUUUUAAACUAAAAAUUCUAUAAAUAUAUUACAGGAGAUAUUGAAAUGACAAAAAAUAAAAUGUGUUAGUAAAAUGUUUGCAAAUAACAAUAAUAAUGAUUACAGUAGAUUUUGAAUAGAUGUAUGCUGAAAUUAUGGGAAUUGAGUGUUUAUACAUUCUGAAAAUGCAAUAAUUAUUGCUGCUUAUUUUUUCACUGGUAAACAGCGUUAUAAAGGUAAUGUAAGUGGUUAGGAUAUUGUAUGUGCGUAGUGUCGGUGCUUAACGUUUUUUUAAAGGAUAUCAACAUUUCUUAAAUAUAUAUACAUUGUCAUCUUAAGGACACCUCAGCAUCAGUGAAGUUCAAUGGUAAUACAUUAAUUAAUAAAUUGAGCAUUUACAGUAUUAAUGCUGAUUGUCAGAUAUAGAGUAAUAAAGCAUAACCCUAAAAUGAUAAUACAUUUCAGUUUCAUAACAGCAAGUACAUUAUUGUUUUUUGGGUUAAUGUUGUCAACUUGAAGUAUGAAGGCUCAGAAGAGAAACCAGUAUGGUGUUGAGAAUUUUAAAAAAUAUAUGAAAAUGUAACUUAUUAACCCAUAUGUUUUCCUACAGAGAAAAUUAUUUUUUGUGGUUGUAUAUGUUUGAUAAAUUUUCUUUAAUAUCUGAUACAUAAUUUACAGGAGAGGGAUGCCUUUUUAAGUCUCUUCUAACAUAUAUAUGAUAUAGUUAGACAUAAAUGCAAAAAUCAAGUAUUGUUAAAUUCUUAAUGAGUAUACAAUAGUACAAUUCAUUAUGAAUGCUCACUUAAUAGAGAAAGCAUAUCAAUGUUCACAGUGCCUAAGAAACUUUGAAAGUGAAUCUUCUCUAGGAAUUCAUUUGAGAAUUCAUACUGAAGAAAAGCGUUAUCAAUGUUCAGAUUGUCCAAAACAUUUCUCAAGCAAGCAUAAUUUAAUAACUCACCAGAGAGUCCAUACUGGAGAAAAGCCAUUCCAGUGCUCAGUUUGUCCCAAGGCUUUUACACAAAAAGUUAAUCUCAUGAAGCAUAUGUGCGUUCAUACAAAAAAGAAAUUAUAUUCUUGUCUCGAGUGUCCAGAAGAAUUUUCAGUGAAAUCUUCUCUAUUGCAACACAUGAAAAUUCAUACAGGAGAGAAACCAUAUGUUUGUUUAGAGUGCCAAAAAGGAUUUUCAGAUAAAUAUGUUCUGUUGAGACAUAUGAAAGGUCAUUCAGGAGAGAAACCAUUUUCAUGUUUGGAGUGUCUAAAAUGCUUUAAAGACAAGCAUGGUUUAGUAAAUCAUAUGAAAGUACAUACUGGUGAAAAACCACAUACUUGUUUAGUUUGUCUAAAAUCCUUUUCAAGAAAAUCUAAUUUAACAACUCAUGCAAGAGUUCAUACUGGAGAAAAGCCAUAUGAAUGUUCAAUAUGUCCAAAAGCAUUUUCCUUAAAGUCUACAUUAAUAAAGCAUAUGAGAAAUCAUACAGGAGAGAGACCAUAUAAAUGUUCAGUAUGUUUCAAAGAUUUUUUAAGCAGACACGGUCUAAUGACACACAUGAAAAUUCACACAGGAGAGAAACCAUACAAAUGUUCUGAGUGUUUAAAAGCUUUUUCACUUAAAUCUAAUUUAGUUAUACACAUGAAGGUUCAUACAGGCGAGAAACCCUAUCCAUGUUCAGUAUGUCUAAAAGCAUUUCCAGACAAAUCCAAUUUAUCGAGACAUAUGAGAGUUCAUACAGGUGAAAAACCUUACAUUUGUACAGUGUGUUCAAGAGGUUUUUCAGUGAAAUCUUCUUUAGUGAUACAUCUAAGAACUCAUACAGGUGAUAAACCAUAUCACUGCUCCUUUUGCCUUAGAGCAUUUUCAGAUAAAUCUGCACUUUCAAAACAUAUUAAAACUCAUACUGUGUGUAAGAAAUUAUACCAGUGUUCAAUGUGUUUUAGAAGCUACUCCAAAAAAUCUACUCUCUUAAGACACAAAAGACUUAAUAGUAAUGAAAAUGCCCACGAGUGCUCUGAAUAUUUAUAAGAUUAAUCCAUUGACUGCAUUCGAGGUGGCCAAAGUAAUUUUCCCAGUUAGGUCAAUUAUCCUGACUAAGUGUCAGGGGCCCAAGACUGUUCAGCUGCCUCCCAGCAUACAUGAGGGGGAUUACUAGUGGACCCCUGGCUGUCUUCAAGAAGGCACUGGACAGGCACUGAAAGUCAGUACCUGAUCAUCUGGGCUGUGGUUCGUACAUAGGUUUAUGUGCAGCCAGCAGUAACAGCCUAGUUGAUCAGACCCUGUACCACGAGGCCUGGUUUCAGACCAGGCUGCAGGGGGGCAUUGACCCUUGAAACCCUCUCCAGAUGUACUCUAGGUAUUCUCUAAAUUUUUAAAUUUAAAAUUUAAUGACUAUAAUCUUUCCGUAUACGUGUAGUAAAAUUAAUAAAUCCCUUAAAACUAUUUGUUUGAAAUUUAGUAGAAUUAAUGAUAAAUACAGUGGACCCCCCACCUUAUGAUGGCAUCGUGUUACGUUAAAUCUGCCAUAUGAUACAUUUUAAUGCAAAAAUUUUGCCUCACCUCACGAUAAAAAACUCGCCUUACGUGAUUCGUCUGGGAUGCAUCCCAUGUGUGGCCUCAGCGCUAGUGUUUACAGGCCAGCCAGUGCGGUCGCAUCUACACAUAUACAUAUUUGGUAGGGGACUUGAAAGCUAAAGUAGGAGAAACUUUUAGAGAGGGUGUGGUAGGUAAGUUUGGGGUGCCAGGUGUAAAUGAUAAUGGGAGCCCUUUGAUUGAACUUUGUAUAGAAA